AGAUAAAUAGUUUAAUCAUUAAUCUUUGUGGUGAUACUUUAACAUUAUACAGAGUGUUCCCUUAACUGGGUAAUGACUCCUAGUGUGUACUGCAUUACGUCUAUGUAACUGGUAAGGCAUAGUGAUGGAGGGUCAGUUGGUCCCUCUUAAACUAGGCAUCCGCACCCAACCCCCGGCCCUCACGCUGGUGUACAGAAGCAGUGCCGGGAAAGAGCGACAGAGGGUCAUGCCCGUUAGGUUCCUGAACAAGUUUGGUCCUGUGGAUAAUGUUCUGAAGGAGAUGAAGGAACGACACAAUGAACACCUACAGAAAGUACCAGAUGUGAGGAUGGAGAAAAUGAUCCGCAUCUUACAGGAGGUGCAGAAGGGACGGACGGUAGAGGAAGCUGCGGCCAACAUCUCUAAGGAAUACUCUGUCGACCCGAACCAAGACCUGAACAAACUGGACGGCGAACAACUGGCGAAGAAAAAAAAGGUGAUGAGUAGCAGCUUUGAGAAGAAUCAGUUGAAGCCCGGCGACCCGGACUAUGAGUACGACAAACAGGUGGAAUAUAACACCAGCGAGAAAGUGGAGGCUGGAUGGGACUCGUCUGAGGAUGACUUCUGGUUGUAGUCAUGGUGGCUCAACAGAUUUAUACACGUGAAAUUUUUUAAUAUUAUUUUCUUUGUUGUUUUUAUCAAUUUGUUGACUUUCUGGUGAUAAUUUAGUAAUGCAGUGAAGUGAUAUGAAUUACUGUGAAUCGAUGUAGAUGUACAGGGUUUCACUUUGUACUGUAUAAUGAAUAUGUGAAGUUGAGAAUAAGUGUGUGUGUGUGUGGAGCAUCAUUAUUAUCCUCAUUUUCAUUAUCAUCACUAUAUCAUCCCCAUCC